GCCAAGGAACCUACGGGCCCGCCGCCGGGCAUGCGAGCGCCGAGGCGUGGAGAAGCGGCGCCGCAUACGUUCGAUGGUAUGUUCAAGUUCUACCGACUCGCCAAAAGUCUGCGCGGCGCUGCGCACACGGACGGCUAUCGCAAGAUAAAUCGCAAUGUGCUGUUUGCUGUGUCGAGCUUGCAGAGCGCAUCCACAAUGUUGCCCUUGAUCUGCGAGAUGUCGAAGUGGAAUAGGAACUGGGUUCAUGCAGCGUUUCUGGGCAGGGAAGACAUACCGUUGGAGGAUGUUUUGGACAUCAAUGGCAUUGACAGGAAGAAGUGCCUAGCGAUAUGGCAUGAUGCGCGGCCAGACUACACAGAGUACAGCACAGAUGAGCGCGCUGAGCUGAGCGUCCAGUCUGCCCUGACGCAUAUCCAGAGCUUCCUGCACCCGCAGGUUGCUAUUAUGGAUGAUGCGCUGUCAGAGGAUGCGUUCUUUGUGAAGGGUAUACGCAACAAGACUGAGACGCUGGGCAUGCCGCUCAUAGAGGUGCCCAGGGACAAGUGGGAGGACUACAUGUGGAUGACACGACUCGAUGCGGGGUCACUGAAGAGUUGGCAUCUUCCAACAAUAGACAUACUGGUGCAGGUGCCGCCAGACUCGUCCAGCGUGCUUCAUCUGCUCAAGUCGAUCAAGCAAGCAGACUACAGCGGGCUUGCGCUGCCUCGCAUCACCCUCGAGCUACCGACUGAUCUGGAUCCGACGGUAGAGCAGAGCUUAGAGAACUUCCAAUGGCCUCCGCACAAGACGCAUCCUCUGGCGGGCAACCGGCUUGUGCUGCGGCGGCGCAUCGCGAACCAUCGAGCGACCCAAGAGGACGCCGCGAUACGAUUCCUCGAGCUCUUCUACCCCAACAACGUCGACAACUCGCACGUCUUGCUGCUCUCGCCACAAGCGCAGCUGUCACCACAGUACUUCCAUUACAUCAGCUACCUGCUCUUGGAAUACCGCUACUCGUCGUUUGCAGCGGACGGCAUCGACAACGUCAUGGGCGUCAGCCUGGAACUACCGUCCCUCUUGGUAGACGGCAAGACCAAGCUCGCGCCGCCCACAAUCAGCGACAUGCACGCCGAGCGAUACAAGAAGUUGUACGCCAGCACAGCCAGUGUGCCAUUCAUGAUGCAAGCACCCAACAGCCACGCCACGCUCUUCUUCGGCGACAAGUGGGCAGAACUCCACUCUUUCCUCGGCAACCGCGUCUCAAAGCACCAGAAGAGCCCGAAGACCGUAUCAAGGCCGAAGCUCGUCUCAGAAACCCUGCCCUCCUGGACAGAGUACAUGCUGGAAGUCAUGCGCGCACGAGGAUAUUUCCUGCUCUACCCAGCAACCACAUCCCCCUCCGCCCUCGUCGCCAUCCACAACGAACUCUACCGCGCGCCAGAAGAAUACGCACCAGAUCCAGAAGCCGGCACAAAAGACACCCCGCCCGCUCCCGAGGCGCUCAACGAACCCUUCCUCCGCGCCGUCUCACCCCCACCACCACCACCAAAGAACCCCGAACACCCGCUCGUCCCGCACUCCCAGCCACUCCACAAGAUACUCCCCUUCGACGGCGACCUCCCCGAAACGGAGCACAUGCCGCAGCUCCUCUUCAACGGCGCGAAGAUGGAUCCCAGCAGUGUGGCGGUGGUGGCGGCCAAGUAUGCGAAUACGUUUAGAGAGGAGGUGGGUGGGUGUACGGUGCCGAAGGGGAAGAGGAGGAAGGUGUAUGUGGGGAGUGCGGCGGAUUUGUUCUGCUUUGGGGAUGAGGAGGGGGAGUGGGAGGACGAUUGGGCGCUUGCGGGGGAGAAGAAGGAGGGGACGACGAGUACGCGUACAGUGCUGGCGGUGUCGAGCACGAGGGUGGUGGGAGACGGGACGGCUACUGCAAUGCCUGCCACGAAAGCGGAAUCAUGAGCACGAGUCGCAUGAGCACGAGUCGCAUGAGCACGAGUCGCAUAAACACACAAUGUUGAGUACAUGCAACGACUGCAGCAUGAAGACCAUGCCUGAAAGUUUGCAUAAUCGGCAUCACGUGCCUGUUGAAGUCGUAUUGCAACACGGGAGGACUCACGCACAACGUGGUCGAUGCCAGUUGUUCGGGGGUUGCGCUGAACGACUGCUUAGUAAUCGCCAGGGUGCUCCCUCCAGGCGUUGUUGUGAACACUGGAGGGUCGACAACGGCUGUGUCUGGCCAUGGCUGCGACGCAAGAGGCUCUUCAGCGCCCCAGAUAGAGAAUGCAUCCGCCGAAGAAAGACG